UGAGUGGUCCCUAGAUAAACAUACAUUUUACACAUAAAUCAAUAAUGAAUGGCCCGAUUCAUCCAAUUGGUGCGAUGUUACUACUAGACUUACUACAGAGUGAAAAGGCUUUUAUACAGGUAACACGUUAAUAAUCUCGGCAAUAAUUGCGAAACUACAUACGAUAUAGAUAAGAUACUGAAACAUGAAUUCACAUCCAAAGAAACAUACGCAAUACCCGUACAAAUGGCAUGGCAUAGCUGACAUGAGUAUUGGUUGUCAACAUUUCUGUUAGAAGUAUGAAUGAGUCUCUGACGGAGAAUUGCUAUUAUAACCUCGUCGACCAAUGGGCUUUCAGAGCAUUGGAAGAUACUCCUUCCUUUGCCUACGUUCGUUUUAUAACGGUAGCUAUACAUUAUUAUUCGUGUGGCUGGAGUCACAAGCGACAGACUCUCACUAGUGAGAGAGCAGAAAUAGGUGCGGUCUCUCAGGAAUAGCAAAACAGUGUUCACCAGCAAUCCGGGGAACUGGGUCAGACAGAAACGCGGUGGUUGUGGUUGUCGCCCGCAGUUGCGCUAAUUGACGUUUCGGCUCGGUUGAAUUAAGCAGAAAAGGAUAUACAGAGGGAAGCAUUAAAUUGGUUUCAAGAAUACGUAGUGAUAUAAUUGCCGAGGGAGAUAUUGGACGCUACACCUUGUGGGCAGUAUUUUCCACAAGGAGUACAUCGAUUUCUGUUGAAUAGGCUAAGACAGCGAGGUGCUGUUUAAAAACAAUGUCUGGGGAUUCUACGGCCACCGUCAUAGACUCGGGUCCACUGAGUUCGUUUCCUGUUGUAUUAAAGAAGAUAAUGGAAACACCCCCUCCGAAUAUACUUGAAGAUGGAGACGAAGGUAAGGACAAAGACAACGCUGGUGACCGUGCGGGAGGGGGGGUCAGCGGGGGCAUGGGCCCGUCUGCAGCCCUGACCCCCGCCAUCUGGGACAAGACCAUCCCGUACGACGGGGAGACCUUCCACCUGGAGUACAUGGACCUGGACGAGUUCCUGCUGGAGAACGGCAUCCCAGCGUCCAUGGAGGAGGAGCUGCAGAGGAGCCUGAGCAAGGACCGCCCCGCCCAGGCGAAGCCCUCCUCCUCCUCCGCCAAGAAGACCGCCGUCACCCGGACACCGCUGACCACAGUCAGCCUCCUUCCCAUAGUGCAGCUGGAGGAGGAGGAGGAGGAGGAGGAGCUGAUGACGGUGACCGUGUCUGACUCGGGCGGCAGUGCCAGGACAACGGGCAGCACUGGGGCGAGUGCCGAGUCAGAGAGCGAAACGGCCACCCCGCUCGAUCCCGAUGAAAUUGAAGUGGAUGUGAACUUUGAGCCGGAUCCCACAGACCUGGUGCUGUCUAGUGUACCAGGUGGUGAGCUGUUCAACCCACGUAAACACCGCUUCACUGAGGAUGAGCUGAAGCCACAGCCCAUGAUUAAGAAGGCCAAGAAAGUGUUUGUGCCUGAGGAACAAAAGGACGAAAAGUACUGGCAGAGGAGGAAGAAGAACAACGUGGCGGCCAAGCGCUCGCGAGACGCCCGGCGGCUGAAGGAGAACCAGAUAACCGUGCGCGCCGCCUUCCUGGAGCGCGAGAACUCGGCGCUGCGGCAGGAAGUGGCCGAGCUGCGCAGGGACUACGGCCGCUGCAAGAACGUGUUGGUCCGCUACGAAGACAAAUACGGAGAGCUUGCCCCAACGCAGACAGAGGAGGACGACCUGUAAGCUUUCAUUCAUUUGAUUUAUUCGUCAUGCUGGGGGGUAAAAACAAAUAAUAAAGAAUAAUAAAGAAGUGGCAAUGGAGAUGGAAAAGGAGAUGGCAGUAUGUAUGAGUGAAACUGUUUUGAAUAACUGAAACAUUUCUUGUUUUUUUACAUUUUUUAACUUUGACUUGUCUGUGUGAACCAGAGGCAUACAGCUUCCCAUGUAUAGAAACAAAUAUGAAUGAACCACAUAUAUGGAUUUUAUAUGUUAAUGCUUUGUAUUCCUAUACAAUGUUAAUCAUAUGACUGGCAAGGGGGUAUAGAUUAUAUUUCAUUGUGAGUUCUACAAAUAAGAUUAUCAGAAAAGCAUUUAUUUUGUAAAAACAAAAAUUGCAAUAACUUGUCCAUGAGUCAGUUUCUGUUUACUUGUUUCUGUAAUUUGACAAGUAUGUGGACAUUCAGUUACCAGAAUAUGUGGCGUUAUAGUGGAUUAGUGAAUUGAGUCAGACAUAACAUGAGUCUUUUCUUAUUUGACACAUUACUGGCAUAUGAAACAAUCAGCCACUCAAAGAAGUCUAUUUACACAGGUAAAGCACAGGACAUCUGUGUGUCUAUAUAUUUAUCUAUAUAUUUAUAUAUUUUUGACAUGUACUUCAUACACGUGCAUCACAUACUGAAGGGGUAUGAGCAGUGAAUCAUUUCCACACAUAAAUGUGAGUUACACACUUCUUGUUUUUGCUAAAAGAGCUUUUUUAAAGUAGAGUAGAAUAGUCAUAAGUUAUGACAUUUGUACAGUACAUGAUCAUAUAAUUAUUUUUAUUUUUUUCAACCUGGAAUACCAUGUGAUGUUUAAUUAAUUACUCUCCCUCCCAUGCAUAGAUUUUCAACUUGAUUUUUCUACACCAAACUUGAAUUUAAAGUCAAUGUAUUUGAAACCUCACCAAUAAUGUCAAAUACUCGUUUUUACAGACUUGUUCUGAAGCUCAGAAUACAGUGCAUUCAAACAACCAGGACCUGGGUUGAGAACCAAUCUGUGGUUAUGACCAGUGGCCAGUCUCUCAGUCAGUUUCAUGCUAACUGGACAAGCUAGGUUAACCAGGACCCAAACCUUCAAGUGUCUUCAGCCAGUUUGGCACAACACUCAGUCUGCCAGUUACACUGGUAUUCGAACAUAUCACACUCCAAAAAACUAUGAUCAGGGUCCCUUCACUGUUUCUGCUGUAAAGCUUUGCUUUCUGCCAAGCACCUCUUUAUGAGAGUCGACUUAUUGUGAUUCUGAAUCUGUGACGUGUCUUUGUCACACCUGUAAAAAUGUUGUAGAAGUGCAAUUACAAUGCUUCCAGGCUGUUUCUUUGGCAAAUUAGCGGCUUGUGUAACCAGUUAACCUAAUAGCUGUAAAGAAGUACUUAAAAUGUAUCACUUUAGGAGCACUUUGGAAAAAAUCAAAAUUAGUGCCUAAAUGCAAUAUAAGAUUGUACAGCAUCAUGCGCAUCACAAUGAUCGCAAGUUAUAAAAUCUCACAAGAAUCCUAAUAAGAAAAAUAUAUGGUUUGCGUUACUGUGCUGUUCUUACUCAAAGGUCACUCUCACUGGAAGUUCUGUUACGUUGGUAAUCAAAGGCAGCAAUGUUCCUUACCAGAGCCUUGCCAUAUGGUUUAUGUGUAAAUGUCAAAAAUGUGUUAACUGCAUACAUUUGGCAUUGUAUAUAUGCAGAAAACUUGGUUUGAUUUGCAACAAAUUAUAGCUUUGGUCACCAUGGCAAUUGCUUUUUAACCAAGUGAUUCUCCUAACCGGAGUUGUUUUUGUUUAGUAUGUAUCUUGGUCAGACCUUCAGCGUUGUGAAGUUUCAGAUAAUGUGAUUUAUUAGUGCUUAAUUACUGUCAUACUGUGUCAAAAACAACUUGUAUAUGGUGGCCCAAUUUUUGAGACAUUGACAAUGAAACUGCGGAAAUGGUUCCAUGGAGGUCUGUUAUGCAAGUCAUUUCAGAGAGUUUUGUCAAUUUUAGUCUGUGAGACACAUACUGAGUUUCAUAACCAGGUGUAAAAUAUGGCCCCAAUCUGCUCUCAAGCUGUUUUUACUAUUUCGCCAUGAAACCUGUAACAUGUUAUAGCAAAUAAACUUUGAUAGUACUGA